AUGGCUGCCGAGGAGAUGGACGACCAAUACUUCAUCUACGAGAACCGCCUCUCGUCUUUCCACGGCCCUCAGCCGGUGCACAAGCGUAGGGCGUCCACCGCCGGAUCCAGAGCCCCGAAAGCCCUGACAUGGCCUCACAAGAGCAUUGCUGCCGCCGAUAUGGCGCGAGCAGGGUUCUAUUUCAACCCGAGACCCAGCAAUCCCGACAACGUCGCCUGCUUCUUGUGUCGCAAGGAGCUCGACGGGUGGGAGGAGGACGACGAGCCGCUGGUGGAACACCUGAAACACUCGCCCGACUGUGGAUGGGCCAUCUGCGCGGCAAUCGAGGUCGAGCUGGGCGACGUUGCCAGGGAAGACCCGCGCCAGCCUCACCUGCUCGAGGCGCGGAAGGCGACCUUUGCUGGCCGCUGGCCGUACGAGGGCAAGAAGGGGUGGAAGUGCAAGACCAAGCAGCUUGCCGAAGCAGGGUGGAAAUACACGCCUACCCUCGAGUCUGACGACCAUACAACAUGCGCCUACUGCCAGCUCGCACUCGAUGGCUGGGAACCUGGCGACAAGCCGAUGGACGAGCAUCAGAGGAGAUCCCCAGACUGCCCGUACUUUGCUCUCAUCAGCCAAGGUCCCGCUCCCAAGAAGACCGCACGCGGCAAGGCAGCACGAUCAUCAAAAGCAUCGCGCAUGUCCAUCCAGUCCGUUGCGACCACUACAUCAGAGGCACCAUCAGUCUCUGAGCUUGCCGCCGACCACGAGGACAGCAUCAUGACAACGACGUCAGUAGCGACGGCGGGUGGCCGGAAAGCGCCCAAGGGCCGAAAGGCCGCGGGUACCGCAAAGGGCAGAAAGACGCGAACCAAGAAGGAAGAUGCAGUCGAAGUCCACGAGGACGCCGAAGCCGAAGCAGAGAUGCCUCCGCCGCCCAAGCCCACCAGAGGCCGCAAGCGAGCUAGCGAGGCGGUUGAAGACUCUGUCCUUACCAACGCCGAGGCUCCAGCACCGAAGAAGCGUGCGACGAGGGCAAGAGCUAGUCACGCUGCCGACACGUCUGUCAUGACCAACGCCGCUGCCGAGCCCGACGUCGAGAUGACAGAAGCCGCACCCGCCAAGCCCAAAGCCACUGGAGGUCGUAAGAAGGGAAGAGCGUCUACUACGAAGCGCACUCGGAAGGGGUCUACCGCUUCUGUCGCCUCGACGGCAUCUACUGCGUCACUCCGAGCAGGAGCUCCCGAUGACGAAGAGCUCGAGCGGCAAUUGCAAGAGGACAUGGACCGGCCGCUGACAGACGACGAACACAUGGCCAUCGACUCUGAUUCCGAGAGGAAGAAGGCGCCUCAGCCGACCAAGACGAAAGGAAAGCGGGUCGUGUCCAAGAAGAUGGCUGCCCAGAAACACGAAGAGGCGAAUGAGGACUUUGCCAUGUUUAACCCUGCCCCGGCUGAGCCUGAUGAGGCGCAGGUGGACGCCGAGCUCAAGGCGCUUGAGGCGGAGAUGCAGGUCGACGAGGAGCCCCAGGAGAUUAAGGUUCCCAAGAAGGGUCGCAAACCUGGUGUGCGCAAGGCGUCCAAGCAGACGAAGAAGCAGACGGUGCCAGAGCCCGAGCUUGAGCCCGAGGGCGAGGUGGAACUGGUCGAGCCGGAGCCGAUUCCUGAGCCUGAGCCUGAGCCCGUAGUUGAGCCCGAGAUCACUGAGGACAAGCCGGCCGAGCCCGAGAUCCCUGUUGACCAUGAUAUCAGCAUGGCGAGUACGGACACAGUCGUCAAGGGUGGAGCGGGCGGUCGCCUGAGCAAUGGCAAGCGGGGACGUGGACGCCCGCCAAAGAAGUCUAGGGUGUCGGAAGAAGAUGAAGCUGAAGCUGCUCAACAACUGGUACAGGAAGCGGCAGAGGCCAAACCACCUGUCGAGCAGGCCGCGCCAGAGCCACGGGGUCGAGGCCGUCCGAAAAAGAUAUCUCGAGUGUCGGAAGUCAUCAUCGAGGACCGCUCAAGAUCAGCAUCGCGAGAACCCCCCCAACCAGAGCCGGUUGCAAAGCAGGUGCCCGUCAAGGAGCCAGCGAAGAGGGGCAGGAAGUCGGGAUCUGCUGCCGCGGAAUCUCAAGCUCAGGCUGCUUCAGUACGCUCCCCUCCUGUCGCCACCACACCGGCCAAGAUGCACAAAGCUCUUCCAAAGCUGCCGGUUGAAGCGGAAGCCCCUGCCACCCCUGGCAAGAAACAAAUCACGCCUGCACAUUCCGCCAAACAAGCUACUCUUUCGCCAUCUCAGUCACCUCAGUCGUCGGACGCCGAGAAUCGACCACCAUCCUCAAAGCCCGCGUCUAGCGCAAAGCGACCGGUUCUUGCUACGUUGGAGACAUGCACGCCGGUGCGGGAUGGCUCGCCCUCCAAGCGCGCCAACGUUAUUGGCGGCCUACAGAGCACUACGCCGUGGACCACUGUGGACCUGGAGGCCGUGUUCAGCAUGGACGAGAGCAACAACAAGGAGAAUGGGGACAUCGUCGCCCGCAUGCUGGCCAAGGGCAGUGACCUGGCGUCGCCGGAGCGCCUGAUGACGGUGGAGGAGUGGAUCUACCACAAUGCAGGAAAGGCGGAGCAGCAGCUCAAGCACGAGUGCGAGACCAUGGUCAGCGCCUUUGAGAAGGAGGGUUCGCGGGCGAUGAGGGUCCUGGAGGGGAUCGUCGUCGAUUAA